AUGGAAGUCGGCAUCAUUGGAUGUGGAGUAAUCGGGCUCACGUCGGCCCUUGCCCUUGUGCAGGCUGGUUACUCAGUGACGAUCGUUGCUCGUGAACUACCCGGGGACGACUCGCUGAGAUGGGCAAGUCCAUGUGCAGGACAUGAUCUACAAGCCGAAACGUUCAAGUACUAUUGGGCUCUUGCCCAUCGUGACCCUACCAGUGGUGUCCAAGUGACAGAUGUGACCGAGUAUUAUGACGAUCGAAGCGACGAUGCUACGAUUUGGUACAAGACCCUGGUACCAAAAUAUCGCCGUUUGCCAUCAGAGAACCUCCCCGCCAAUGCCAAGCUUGGUUUCCAAUAUAAAUCAAUGACAGUCAAUCCAGCAGUUUUUCUACCCUGGAUUAAGAUACUUCUCGAAAGGGAGGGGGUAAAGUUCAUUCGUGCAGAGAUCGAAUCGAUAAACCACACUCGGUCUUUGUUGAAGACAGAGAUCAUUGUCAAUGCAUCUGGCUUGGGAGCUCGUGUUCUCGCCAAUGACGAGAAAGUUGUUGCAGUCCGCGGCCAGACUAUGUUGGUUGAAAGUGAUUCCCAUGAGAUGGUGAUGUUCCAAGGCUCCCACUACACGUAUCAGAUCCCCCGUAUGUACAGUGGGGGUGUUAUUAUUGGUGGAGUUAGCCAAGAGGGGGUAACCGAUGAGUCGGUAGAUCUCGCAACCCGUGCGGAUAUACUACGACGAACAAACGUCAUUACUCACGAUCGCUUCAGGUCGCUGGAUCUGAACAAGCAUGUCAUGAAAGACCUAGUGGGUCUACGGCCGAGCAGGAAAGGGGGAUAUCGACUUGAAAGGGAAGGCAGUGUCGUUCAUGCCUACGGCUUCAAUACUCUCGGAUAUACGUACAGCUAUGGUGUGGCUCUGAAAGUCCAAGGAUUGGUGACAGCAGCACUGGAAGAGAAGCGAAGCCAAAAGAGCAGGUUGUAG